AUGAACGUGACCGCUUCAUCCUCAAUGGCGGAAGACACUGCAUUGAUGCACACAAUCCAACCUUCUCGAUGUCGUCUGUACAAGUACCUCCCUGCCGUAGUACAUUGCGCUGCUCAAACCCAUGAUAACACUGAGUGUUGUCGUGCCAACGGUAUUGCUCAAAUCGGAGAGCAAUGUCUACAAAUGUGCCAACCGCAGGCAAGCCCUCGUCGCUUCUGGGGAGUAAAGUCACUGCGGAAAGACCUUGUUGUAUGCCUUGCAAAAUGGGAUCAAAUUAUGCAAUGCCACCAAUCAGGACUACGUGCUAGAAAAGUGCCUCGACCAACAUAA